UGUUUAUUAUUAAUUAAUAAUCAGAUUAGUUUUGUGCGAGUGGGCAUUAGAAUAACCUCACCUUACCAGCCUCUCCAUGUGCUCCACAUGUUCUCAAAUUCCUUCAUAAUUGGCUUCGUUUCAUUUACCUUCUGCAGCGUAAGGUUUCGUUGUCUUCUCCAAAACCAAGCCCACCCUUUCCUUCUCCAUGACGGUUCGCAUGUCUAAGACCACCAUCAUUUCAUUUACCUCGUUACUUUCCUUGACCCUCUUCUGCGUUGUCGCUUCUAGGAGAUCUGAAUUCCAAUGGUCCACGCUGCAUCUGAUUCUGGGACUGGCGCUCCUUAUGGGCUUGGCAUGGGCGAUCAUGGCGUUCCGAGCCACCAUGGUCGCUUGGGUCACAGUAUUGGUGCUGCUAACCUUUGCAGGCAAUCGCCGCCGUGUUUUGGUUCGACGAGGCAGCCUCAUCACCGGUGAAGUGACCAGGUACUUUGUCCCUCCUUUACUCCGGCGGAAGCGCUUCUUCGUCGUGGCUUGUGCCGCUCUGCUCAGCUUGCUUGCCGCGCUCAGAUGACGUCACCGAGGUAAAAGAAGAACUAAAAUUUGCACGAGAUUGUUAUUAUUUUUUAUUUUACUGUUGUUGUUUUUAUAUAUAUCUUCAUUACAAUAUAUGUUUUAAUGUGUAAUCAAUGAAGAGAUGGAAUUCGCUCGAAACGAAAUUCAAGUAGCGAAGGCAUCAGUUAACA